GAAAUUUAGUAAACAAUGUAAGCUUGAAAUCAUAUGUACUUAUGGUAAUAUUUUUUAUGGCAUGUGUUACUGUAAUAAUAUAAAGAGAAAAUAACCUAUAUUCACUACAUAAUUGUGUGAUCAAUAUCAAAGCAUCAUGGAACAACCUGAAGCAGAAUAUGCAGAAACUAGUUCGAAAUUUGAAAAUUCAAAAUCAGUGAAAAUAUUACCCAAAGAUGAGGGAACAAAAAAAACGUUAUCGAGGAAUGAGGAACUAAUACCGCCAGAUGGUGGAUAUGGCUGGUUAGUUCUAGCGGGGUCAAUGCUCGUGAAUCUUCUUGUUCCAGGUACUGUAAAAAGUUUUGGAGUUCUUUUCAUGGAGUUUCUGGAAGCCUUCGAAGCUUCACCAUCAUCCGCAUUGUGGAUUCCAGCGCUCUGCUACUUCUUGUAUAGUUCACUAGGUCCAUUAUCAAGCAUACUAUCAGUCAAAUACAGCUAUCGUACAGUUACAUUAAUUGGUGGUACAUUUGCGGCAUUAGGAAUGAUUAUAUCGUGUUUUGCAUCUUCAGUAGGAUAUUUGUACAUAAGUUAUGGUUUCCUUGUUGGCACUGGUGCAGGAUUAUCGUUUCCUCCCACAGGUAAUCGGUUAGAUAAUACGGAAGUCCACGCUAAAUGUAGCCAGACUUCAUGAUAAGAACUAUUAACAUUGUUCCUUAAAUUAAACUAAAUUAAUUGAUUGCUAUAGAAUAAAAACAGCGUAUGAAAAGGUUGCAUUUCAAAGCGAAACACCGUCAUACAAAAUACAGCAAAAAAUGUAUGUAAAAACAACCUAUGGUGUGCGACCGUAUCAUACGCUGUAUUUAUUCUAGAGAAUUCAAUUUUUCAUUUAUUUGUUUG